AAGAAAAAUGGUGUAGACAAGUAAACGGUACUAUAAAUAUUUAGGGAGCAAAAGAAACAUCUGGUCUCGUCUCAAAAGAUGGAAUUGUGUCAUUGUUCGACUUUUCUUCUUCCGCCGGAGAGCCCCAACGCGACGUGUUCUCUUUCUCUUAACUACGCUCUUGUUAUUCUCAACCAAAGCCUCCCGAGAUUCGCUCCUCUGCUUUGGGACCACGCUCAUGUACGAGUGUGCGCUGAUGGAGGUGCCAAUAGGGUGUAUGAUGAAAUGCCUCUUUUCUUCCCACAUCAACAACCUUCCCAUGUUCGCACCAGGUUCAAGCCUGAUGUUAUCAAAGGAGACAUGGAUUCAAUCAGGAAAGAAGUACUUGACUUCUAUGCAAAACUGGGAACUAAGAUAAUUGACGAGUCUCAUGAUCAGGACACCACUGAUUUACACAAAUGUGUUGCAUACAUACGUGACCUCACCCCUGAUACUGAUCGAUCAGCUCUUUGCAUUCUUGUUGCUGGAGCACUUGGUGGGAGAUUCGACCAUGAGAUUGGAAAUAUUAAUGUGCUUUGCCGAUUUUCAAACACACGAAUUAUCCUUCUAUCUGAUGAUUGCCUCAUUCACCUUCUUCCAAAGACCCACUGUCAUAAAAUCUUUAUUCAAUCUUCUGUUGAGGGUCCGCAUUGUGGACUCAUUCCCAUUGGGAUGCCGUCUGGAAGUUCUACUACCACAGGACUGAAGUGGGACCUCAAAAACACGGCAAUGAGAUUUGGAGGUUUAGUAAGCACAUCAAAUAUUGUAAAAGGGGAAAUCGUCACAGUACAGUCUGAUUCAGAUCUUCUUUGGACUAUUUCUAUCAAGAAGCUCUAGGUUUUACAUGUUGUAUAAUGCGGUGACUCUUCAGAUCUUCCACACCUAUUAAUAUGCUCCUAUUCCAUUUGAAGGCCAGAGCUUCUGCUGACCUUUCUUUAUGUUUCAUUCUUUUAAUUUACUGUGUUUUAUGGGAGGGAAUUAGGGAAUUAUUCAUUAAUAUAGGAAGUUCUAUUCCUAACAACUGUUAAGCCUUCGAAGUUCAGUUUUCAAAGAGGUUACCUACAUUCUUUUACAUGUUGUAUGUUUUUGUUUUCCGUAAAUGAAAUAGCAGAAUACAAUGUCCAAAAAACAAAAGUAUAAAGAAAAAAAAAGGAGAAAAGUAGAAAACCUUGUCUUGUACUACUAUUGCUUAUGCAUAUUGAAAUACUUAACGUACUUUUUUA